AUGAGCGCGGAGAACAUGGAAGUGAGAUGGUUCCGGACCGAUUUCUCGUCCCUGGUGCACAUGUACCGCAAUGGGAAGGAGGAGACGGAUGCUCAGAUGCCGGAGUACGUGGGGAGGACGGAUCUCCUGCGUGGGGGUCUCCGCGAUGGACGUGUCGCCUUGAGGCUACGGAACGUCCAGCCCUCCGACGAGGGGCGAUACGCCUGCUAUUUUCAGUCGGUCUCCUUUUACUCAGAGGCUCCGUUGGAACUGAGGGUGGCAGCUCUGGGCUCCACCCCCCUCCUCUCUGUGGAGGGCUACCAGGAUGGCGGGAUCCGCGUGGUGUGCCGGUCGGUGGGCUGGUACCCCGAGCCUCAGGUUUCCUGGCGGGAUGUCGCGGGGCAGCAGGUGCCGCCGCUGUCUGAGACCAAGUUCCAGCGCGAUGGUGUCCUGUUUGGAGCGGAGACGUCCAUACUCGUCACCCCGCUCGCCAACCAGAACGUCUCCUGCUCCGUUGGGAACAGUCGGCUCGGACAGGAAAAGGGCUCGGCAGUUUACAUCGCAGAAUCCUUUUUCCCGAAGGAGUCUCCCUGGAUCGCCGUUCUGUGCACCCUCCUGGUGGUUCAGCUUGGUGUUAUUGGCUUCCUAAUUUAUUUCUUUACAACGAAAGAGAGGAAGGCCGCAGAACGCCGAUGGAAAGACUGCCUUGCAGAUGCAGCGGAUGUGACCCUGGAUCCCGACACCGCAAACCCCUACUUGAUCUUGUCGGCAUACGCCUAA